UGCCAAAACUAGUUGCAAUUAAUCUUUGAGUAUCAUAACAUAAACUUCCUCUUUUAUGCUCUCCUCCUCUUGAGUCGUGUUUGCUUAUAAAUAAACGUAAAGGGAAGAAGGAAAAGAAACCAGUCCCAUACAUAGUCUUGGGAAGAAGGAAAAGAAACCAGAUUUAUCAUUUUUGCAAGUAAAAUGUAUAGUCUUGGGAAGCUACGUGGUGCUUUUCAGUACCUGCAUUUACAAAAUAAUGCACUGCUUCAAUCUUUUGUCUUAACCAGCAACAUGUCUUCCACUGCUGGCAAGGCAAUUACUUGCAAAGCUGCAGUUGCAUGGGAAGCAGGGAAGCCAUUGAAGAUUGAGAAUGUGGAGGUUGCUCCGCCACAGGAGAAAGAAGUUCGGAUCAAAGUCAAAUAUUCCUCACUUUGUCACACUGAUCUUCAUUUUUGGGAAGCCAAGGGUAUGCCGCCAAUGUUUCCACGCAUAUUUGGCCAUGAAGCAUCAGGUGUUGUGGAGAGUGUAGGUCAUGGUGUAUCAGACCUGAAGCCAGGGGAUCAUGUGCUUCCAGUGUUCAUGGGAGAGUGUGGGGAAUGCCCACAUUGCAAGUCAGAGGAUAGCAACAUGUGUGAUUUGCUGAGAAUAGAUCCAGUACGAGAAGUCAUGAUCAGUGAUGGCAAGUCCAGGUUCUCCAUUAACGGCAAGCCCGUAAGCCACUUUGUUGGCACAUCUACUUUUAGCCAGUACACGGUUGCUCAUUCUGGCUGUGUUGUAAAGAUCGAUCCCACUGCUCCUCUUGACAAAGUUUGCAUCCUCAGUUGUGGCAUCUCAACAGGAUUAGGAGCAGUUCUGAAUGUUGCUAAACCAAAGAAGGGCUCUUCCAUUGCAAUAUUUGGGCUUGGAGCUGUUGGGUUAGCUGCAGUUGAAGGUGCACGAAUUGCUGGGGCAUCCAAGAUUAUUGGGGUUGACUUGAAUCCUGACAGAUAUAAGGAAGCAAAGAAAUUCGGACUAACUGACUUUGUAAAUCCAAAAGACCAUGAAAAACCAAUUGACGAGGUCCUCAAAGAGAUGACAAAUGGUGGUGUUGAUAGGAGCGUAGAAUGCACUGGAAACGUCAAUGCCAUGAUGUCUGCUUUAGAUUCUGUUCAUGAUGGAUGGGGUCUUGCUAUCCUUGUUGGAGUGCCUAGCAGGGAUACAGUUUUCAAAACUAGUCCUUAUAGUUUCCUUGAUGGAAAGACACUUACAGGUACUGCCUUUGGGGACUACAAGCCUAAGACAGGGCUUCCAUCAGUGGUAGAUUUGUUCAUGAGCAAUAAAUUGGAGCUGGAUAAGUUCAUAACUCACAGAGUUCCUCUCUCAGAAAUCAAUAAGGCAUUUGAUUACAUGAUUAAGGGGCAAAGUUUAAGGACAAUCAUUGACAUGGAAAACUAGAAUUGCUUUUCCUGGUAAAAUGGAAUACUAGAAUAUCAUUGUUGAAUAAUGUUUAAUUAGUGAAGAGUGAUUUUAUUGAUGUUAAUGGAGAUACUUAGUGCUUACUGGAGUGAUUAAGUGGACAUUAGGUGAAUAAUUGUGACUCUUUGGCAAUUGUAACGAUCACGCAGCAUUCUUUAAUUUCAUAUGUACGAGAUGUAGAAAAUAACAAGAGAAAUACAAAAUAAUUCAGCCAC